AUAUUUACAGAGAGCUCAUCCGAGAUUUCGGUGCCUGAGGUGGAGACACCGAGAAGCAAAGCCAAAACUAAAGCUAAAAAACGUUGGGGGACUGUGCUCCGCUGGAUUCCUACUUCUACUGAUCAUAUUAUUGCCGCGGAGAAGCGCCUUCUUUCUCUCGUUAAGACUCCUUAUACACAGGAAAAGGUUAGCAUUGGCUGUGGACCCCAAGGAUCUAAGGUCAAGUGGUUUCACUCUGUGAGCAAUGAACCAAGAUUCAUCAACACGGUCACUUUUGAAAGCAAAGAGGACGCUCCCAUUCUUGUUAUGGUUCACGGAUAUGGUGCCUCUCAGGGUUUCUUCUUCCGCAACUUUGAAUUCCUUUCCAAGUAUUUUAAAGUCAUUGCUAUCGAUCAGCUCGGUUGGGGUGGAUCAAGCAGGCCUGACUUCACUUGCAAAAGUACUGAAGAAACUGAGGCAUGGUUCAUUGAGUCUCUCGAGGAGUGGCGCAAAUCCUCGAACCUUAGCAGCUUCAUUUUGCUUGGACAUUCAUUUGGAGGCUAUGUAGCAGCUAAAUAUGCUCUGAAGUAUCCUAAACACAUACAGCAUUUAAUUCUAGUCGGCACUGCUGGUUUUUCAUCGGAAACAGAGCACCGGUCUGAGCAGUUCACAAAAUUCCGGUCAACUUGGAAGGGGGCUAUCAUAAACCAUUUGUGGGAGUCAAAUCUUACACCUUCGAAGGUUAUCAGGUUAUUAGCUUCUACUGUGAUUGCUGCAGGGUGGCCAUUUUGUAUUUGUGGAUAAUCCAGUCGGUGUCCAUUCUGCUGUCUUGUAUGUUUGCCGCAGGUUCUUCUCACCUCAUCCAAGCAAUAUAAUUCCGGAAGGUUUGGCAUCUGUGUAAAUAAAAAUAGCUUAUGUUGUACUAAUCAUUGUGUACAAAUAAUGCUGCAACAGUCUUACAUUCUUUUGUAACGAGCUCGCCCUCUUUGUGGCGUGGCUCUGAUAUCACAAUGUACAGAACUUACAUUUUAUCUGAAACAGAAUGGACCAAUUACAGUUGUGUGAUAGUUG